UACCAGCUAGUGCCCCUCUGAUACUCGGAAAGCCACCACCGUUAACACACUCACACCCAGCUAGCUUCCUAGUGCUCGGUAACCUUCUGGCCUUUCCAUUGGCUCCCUGCCUCAUAGUUAUAUAGAGUUACAGAAGUGCCUUUGUAGACAAGAGAAGGGAUCGAAUUCAGUUGGGAAGGAAGAGUUGGAGUCAGAGUAUCAUCACGAGUGAAGGUGAAGCAACUAGCAGGCAUGCAAGAAGGGUACGUGUUCUCGAGGAGGGCGUUGCUGCUGGCACCGCUGCACAGCUACGGAGAGAAUGCUGCGGCGAGCCAGGUGGUGGCCGGCGGGCAGGAAGCUCCGGCGGCCGAAGCCGUCGGGAGCGGCGGGAACAGCUUCGACGCGAACGUGGUGAUGAUCCUGGCCGUGCUCCUGUGCGCGCUCAUCUGCGCGCUGGGGCUCAACUCCAUCGUGCGGUGCGCGCUCCGGUGCUCGACCAGGAUGCCGUCGUCGCCCGGCAGCGCGCGGCGGCAGCAGCCGGCCAUGGGGGAACCGGGGCUGCGGCUGGCGCAGGCGGGCGCGCGGCGGAAGGCGCUGCGCGCGAUGCCGACGCUGGUGUACUCGGCGGGGCUGCUGCCGCUGCAGGCGGCAGGCGGCGGCGGCGGCCCCGUGUGCGCCAUCUGCCUGGCCGAGCUGGAGCCCGGGGAGCGCGUGCGGGUGCUGCCCAAGUGCAACCAUGGCUUCCACGUCCGCUGCGUCGACCGGUGGCUGCUGGCGCGGUCCACGUGCCCGACGUGCCGGCAGUCGCUGUUCGCCGCGCCGCAGAAGGGCUCCAGCUGCGCCGACACCGGCGCCGGCGCCGAGCCUCCGGUGCGGGCGUUCCUCGUGCCGCUCCGGCCGGAAGGUUUCGUCACGCCGUACGAUUUUUAGUCUACGAUAGCCGUGUAGUCUUUUGGUUUGUAGAAGAGUAUAUGCAACCAAUACAUGGAUACUGACCACUGCAUUCUGCAUUGUGUGGUUUUUAAUUUGUACAUACUACAACGUAGCACUUUUGCGUUAAUCAGGCUGACAGAUAGUAGUACUAAAAAACAAUGCAAGUGGGCUCAAAAAGUUACAAAAAUCA